CCCUUGCAAGAAUGAUCUGCAAACAUGAGCUUGGCUGUGGUAGAUACCUACAUGCUCUUGUGAAAAGUUACCGGCGAGUGAAUUACAGCGGCACGCUGUCUUAACUCUGGCUGAUGAAUUCUCAACUAUCACUGCUCCCCAAGCAAAUAGGGUUUUAAGUGAAGCGAAAACGACAUCUUCUACCAAGUGAACCAAUGGAUAGCCCCUAGCUCUCUGAAUUAUCAGAAGCCGACAUCUUCUUUACAUAGAAAUCAAGUCCAAUAUGGCUGAUCGGGAGUUGGCGCUGCAAGUUCCAGACUCACAAGUCGAAGUUAGAACUGAGAAGGAUGAGUCCGAAUCAUUUAAACCUUCAUGGCGCAUCUGGACCAUCUUCUUAGUGCUGUGUAUGCUAUCCCUCAUGGCCUCCAUUGAUUCAACCAUCAUCACCACAUCUUUGCCGACAGUUACGCGGGAAGUCGGCGGCGCCGGCCAAUACGUUUGGAUCGCGAAUUCGUACUUGUUCGCGUGCACCGUCCCGCAACCUCUUUACGGCCAAAUCGCAAAUAUCUUCGGCCGCCGCAAUCCGCUCUUCGUCGCAAUCGCUCUCUUCACCCUCGGCAGCGGUAUCGCCGGCGGUUCUCAUAAUGUCGUCACGCUGAUUGCCGGCCGCACCAUCCAGGGUCUGGGGUCUGGUGGAUUGUACGUCUUAUCCGAUAUCAUAAUUUGCGACCUAGUUCCGUCCCGAUAUCGCGGCCCUUAUAUAAGUGCCGUGCUUUCUACCGCUGCUAUCGGCGCCACUAUAGGACCUAUCAUCGGCGGCGCGCUUGCCCAAGCAAACUGGCGUUGGAUAUUUUGGAUCAACUUGCCAGUCAUGGGCGUCGGGCUCCUGGCCAUCGCUCUCGCGCUCAACGUACAAUACAAACGCAGUCCUACGUGGCUCCACGCAAUAUCCCGCGUCGACUUCCUGGGGAACGCGAUAUUCAUACCAAGCAUGACGGCCAUAUUCUUCGGCUUGAUCAUGGGCGGUCAAGACGGCUACCCUUGGGGGUCGUGGCGCAUCAUUCUCCCGCUCGUCCUGGGCGUCCUCGGCUGGGUCGCUUUCCACGUCCACCAAUCAUCACGUAUCUGCCGUGAGCCCAGCAUGCCCACCCGGCUCUUCAAGCACCGCACCUCAGCCGCCGGGUUCCUCAUGAUCUUUCUCGCGGCAGUCAUCAUGCAAGCCACGGGGUACUUCCUACCAGUCUACUUCCAAGCCGUCAAAGGCGUCACCCCCUUGAUGUCCGGAGUAUCCUUCCUACCCUUCGCCCUGGCCAUCAUCCCGUUCGGCGGGCUCGCAGGCGCCUUCCUAUCCAAGACAGGGCUAUACAAACCCCUACACUGGGCCGGCUUCGCGCUAAGCGCCGUCGGGACCGGGCUCUUCUCCACAUUACGCGAGGACUCGAGCCGCGGCGCCUGGAUCGGGUUCCAGAUCAUCGCAGCCGGCGGGAUCGGCCUCGUGUUCACGGCGACGCUCCCCUCGACGCUCGCGGCGCUGCCGGAAUCCGACGUCGCCGUCGCCACGGGCACGUACUCGUUCGUGCGAUCGCUCGGCCUGGUCUGGGGCGCGACGAUGGCGGCCAUCGCCUUCAACGGCCAGGUCGACGCGCACCUCAACCUCGUCGCGGACGCGGGGAUCCGGCGGCUCUUGGUCGACGGCGGCGCAUACACGUCUGCGGGCAAAUUUACCGCGCUGCCGGACCCGGCCAGGGGCCAGGUCAUCAGGGUGUAUGAGUUGGCGUUGAGGGCCACCUGGCUGGUGUUUGUCGGCGUGGCGUGUCUAGGGUUUCUCGUCGCUUUUGUUGAGAAACACGUUGUGCUGCGCAAAGACCAUUCUACCGAGUUCGGACUUGCCGAGAAGCCAGCCGAGGAAGAAAAAGCGGAAAAGGGGGUGGAUAUAAGCUCUCCAGAUACCAAGCCAUCUAGCGACGUAGACUGAGGGUUUGCAGAAGUUGAUGUGGGACUAAAAGCACUGGUGUUGGGACAUCGACGUGUAUUUUAUAGGUAAUCUAGGUAGGUAAUCCGUAGUCCUAUCCACAAGGGGAGUGGUUCAUCGAUUCUUCCAAUAGGCCAAAGGUUUGAGGUCGAGAAAAUCUUCCACUAUGGCCAUUCAACGUGCACCUGAAUUUGUAGUUAACUGAAGUCUG